CAUAUUUUGUCCAUACCUAUCGCUGAAGUCAUACACGCUUGAAGCGAAAGAUAGUGAACAACCCUAACAAUACCAUUUACUGGUUUAAAAGACAGAAGUAGUUUUUAUUGAGCUAAUAGUAUGUUCGUGAUUGCGCGCGUUAACAUAUAAUUCUUUUGUUUUUAUACUGAUUCAUUCAAUAAGAUAAUUUCAGAGUAAAAAGAAAUUUUUAAUUUUAAUUAUUAUUAUUAAAAAUUGAAUAAGUCAAUAUAUAAUUGUAAUUAUUCGACAGUAGAACAAAAUUAAUCUCAAUCAAUCUCGUGAUAUUGAAAAGAAUUCAUUUAUCGCUAAUAUCUUUAGAUAAUCGAAAUACCAUACAGUUACUUUUACGUGCUUCAAUUGUUCUAUAUUUCAAAAAUGCGCGUUUUUAUAAAUUUAUUAGGUAGAGAAAUGUAUUCGUUUCACAAAGGAAUGAACAAUUUUGGAAUGAAAUUGAGAAAAUUUCAUGAAAGUUGCUUAGUAUAUUCCUUGAGACAAGAUAUAAUUUCAAACAAUGGUAUUUCAAAUGUUUUGACUAAAGAACAAGCCAAUAUAUUAGCAGGAAAAUUAUCUCCAGAAGAGCGAAAUAUUCUGAUGACUGCUUUGAGCAAAUAUAAAUCUAUGGAUGAUAAAGCUUUAUAUGAAGCUCAAUUAGCAGGUAUUCGUUGGAGAAGUAAACUUGGAAGGCCUACAAAAUUGCCUACUCUCGGUGAUGUCGAUCCUACUGGUAGUUACUGUCCUUUACCCGAAGAUUGGCUUCUUCAUAAGUCUGCAAUUGUAUUUUUGCAUUCUUUAUGGAUAUUAAUAUUUGAAAAUGAUGCAAGACCGAGUAAUAGAAUUCUUCUAAAAGUUGCAUUUAUAAAUAGUAUUCCAUUCAUUGCCUUUGGUUUUCUCGACAACGCCAUCAUGAUAGUUGCUGGUGACUACAUUGAAAUUUUUCUGAGCAACAAAUUUCCUAUUUCAACUAUGGCAGCUGCAGCUUUAGGAAAUACUGUAUCUGAUAUCAUAGGAAUUGGAUCUACAAAUUGGGUAGAAAGUUUAGUAGAAAAGGUAGGAAUUAAGAGACCAUAUUUAAGCAAUGCACAGUCAAAAUUACGAAGGACAAGGAUGGCUGUAAAUUUAGGUAGAGUGGUUGGAAUUACAAUAGGAUGUCUAGUUGGAAUGAUAACAAUACCAGCGGUAAACUUUUUCUGCAAUAGAUAAACAAAUUUAUUCUACAAUGUACUCUCUACUGCAUUUUCGACCACAUGGAAAAAUAUUUAUAAAACUAUCAGCACAUUUUAACGAUGGAAAACAAUUUUACGAAUCUUAAUGGACAUAUGUUUAAACUGUAUCUAUAAAUAUCACAAAUGUCAAUUCCGUAUCUUAACGUCCUACCUGAUACUAAAAUGGAUUAUACAUUAAAUAUUUGCAAUAAUUAUAA